UACGGAAAAGAUGCGGGCGCCAUUUUCUGUUAUCGGUUUUUACGCGUGUGUAUUACUAGUGUGAGGAUCGAGUUCUUAUCACGUAGUUGCAUAGCGUAUUUAACAUAUUUGUGAUUCUUUUAAGUUUUCGAUUAGAAGAAAUAUAAUAUGGGACGUAAAAAGAAGAAGCAAUCUAGACCAUGGUGUUGGUAUUGUAAUAGGGAAUUUGAAGAUGAGAAAAUUCUUAUUCAGCAUCAAAAGGCAAAACACUUUAAGUGCCACAUUUGUCAUAAGAAAUUAUAUACGGGACCAGGACUUAGUAUACAUUGUAUGCAGGUACACAAAGAAGCAAUAGAUAAAGUACCUAAUUCAUUGCCAAAUCGUAGUAACAUUGAAAUAGAAAUAUAUGGAAUGGAAGGUAUCCCACCGAACGAUGCUAAGGAGCAUGAAAGACAACGUAACGGUGGAAGACCUGGAUCACCUAGUUCUGGAGAAGAUGAACCUGUACAAAAAAAGGCUAAACCUGAAGGUUUAUUAGGUUCAGCACCUGGAGCUAUGCCUACGAGUUCUAGUAUAAUGUCUGGGGUUAUGCAAGGAAUGACGACGCAUCCUGGUAUGCCGCCGAUGGGUCAGUUCCCACCACCUAUGCAUCAUAUGAUGGGACCUAUGGGCCCAGUAGGUCCACCGUUCAUGGGACCUGGUAUGAUGCCUGGAAUGCCAGGUAUGCCACCAGGUAUGCAACCACCGGUGUCUGGUACAUCUAUGCCGCCAACGAGGCCAUUAUUCCCAAGUGCUGCAGCUGUGUCAACGGCUGCAUCUACAGCUGUGACAUCAACCCCGUUGGGUACUGAUUUUAAACCAAUUACAUCAGUGGCUGGUGGGUCUAUAGGACCAGUCAAGCCAACAUUCCCUGCUUAUAGUGGUACUGAUAGUAGUACCACGACUAAUAGUAACCUUGGUAGUGAACAAAAAGUUAAUCUUAUUGCGACAACAGGGGCUGCUAGUAAAAUUAUUCAUCCCCCUGAAGAUCUCAGUUUAGAAGAAAUUAGAGCAAGAUUACCAAAAUAUCAACGCCGACAAACAGAGGAGUCUCGAUCAGCACAAGCUGACGCUAAUCAGCAGGCUGUAGCGUUGCAACAACAACAACAACAACAGCAGCAGCAGCAGCAGCAGCAGCAACAACAACAACAGCAACAACAGCAGCAGCAGCAACAACAACAAGCAGCUGCUAAUGUAGCUGCUGCAUUUCAAGAUCAACAACAAAGACAGCAAGCAGCAUUAAAUGCGCUCCAACAGCAACAACAACAAAGGUUUCAAAGGCCUCCGCAAGCAGUAAUGGUACCAGCAUCGGCAGCAAUGCCUGUGAGCUCAGUUGCUCUUAUGGCACCAUUAAUGCGACCCACAAUGACAUUAGCUGCACCUGCUCUUAUUCAUGGAGGUAACAUGAUGCGACCGCCCCCCAUGGGCCUACCACCAGGUAAGUUAACUAUUUCUAAAUUAAAUCUCUGCCCUCAUAAAAAGGGACACCUCCUUUUUACCCCAAUAAAUUUCUCUGCAAAUAUUCUCAAUUACUUAUGUACCCUCAUUUUAUCGAUUUAGAACCCAUCAAAGAACAUCUCUUAAAUGCAUGAAAAUGAAAGGAACAUACAUAUUUUAGAUAUCUCAAAUUAGAUUAUAUUGAUCCAAAAAGAAAGAAAAGAAUUUUUUAAGACAACGUUUCCUAUUCUUAUUGUUAAUAUUAUUUUUUGGUUUUUACUAUGGUAGAUCGUCAAUGUGUUGAGAACAGAAAUGUCAUUUUUCUUUGGUGGGUCUAUCUGAUUCACUGCUUUACAAAUGAACGGCCUAUCCAUACAGAUAUCCCUUUUUCGCUUGAAUUUUGUAAAUCCAUUUAAUAACAUUAAGAUGAAUCAUGCUAUUUGUAAUAUAUUUAUGACAAUAUAUAUAUACUUUUUAUUACAAAAAUUACUUCAAUGAUAUUGAAGGCUAUUAAAAAUAUAAAAUAGUAAGGGGGAGAGAGUUCUUUUCAUCUGAGAUAUUAUACGAGGUAAUACACUUCUGCACUUUUUCAUUCACCAUUAACGUAUAUAGCCUUUGGCCCGAACCCAACCAACCCUUUCUCCGUUACUCCAAUUUUACUUAUUCAAGAUAGGAAAGCAUGUUAUCUAUAUAAGGAAGAGAUGAAAGAAAUUAGAGGGAAGGGAAGGAGAGAAAUGAUAAAGAAACGAUGGGAAGGUAUUAGACAAUGGAAAAAACAAGGGUUUUUAUUUUUUUAUUUUUAAUGAGGGUACACUAGAAUUGUAGUUUCUAUCAAAAAAAAAAAAAAAAAAAAAAAAAAAAAAUGGGAGAGGGAGAAAAAGAGAGAGAGCGAGAGACAGAAAGAAGUACGACAGUAUAAAAAAUAUUAACGCGCUCAGGAUUCAUCCGUAUGCCAGAAUUGAUGUCAGCGUGUCUUGUACGUUUACGUUUUAACGGUGCGUUUGCAGGGUGCCCAGUCACUCCUUGGUGAGUGUUGAACGAACCCAGUCUGGUUACUAAAACCGUGUUUUAUACAAGUACAACAAGGUUGGUCCUUAGCAAAUAGCAUGCGGUGACAUGACCUAUAUAUCAUUAUAUUUAUUAUUAUUUUU